GUUGCCGAAUUAAUACAUGAGCUCCCCGAACCUUACACUUCGCUGCCUCCCCAGUCCUGUCUGACACCACAUAUUGUAGACACUUCAGCAACCGAAGUGGGAGCCUGAUUUCCCUGCCAGCAGCCUAACUCAAUAAAAAACAGAGCAAAACAGAAGACACCCCCUUUUCCUCCCAUCUUCACAUCAAAAUGAAGACCCUGAGAAUCUGGAUUCCUUUCCAGCCCUCCCACCCGUGGAAUCCGCAGGAUAGGAGUCCGGCUCCUCUGGCUGGGCCGCGGAGCAGGGAGGGGUGCAGCGUCCCGGUCCUUGCCUAUUAAGCUGGCCGGGUCAGCCGUCAUUGCAUUUGGACUAUGGUUUCGGUUCGGAGGAAGCAUGAAGGAUUUAUCAUCAGAGGACAAGUCCCCGGAGUACUUGUACGUGGGACUCUAUGUGCUGGUUGGAGCUGGGGCCCUAAUGAUGGCUGUGGGGUUCUUCGGGUGCUGCGGAGCCAUGCGGGAGUCACAGUGCGUGCUCGGAUCAUUUUUUACCUGCCUACUGGUGAUAUUUGCUGCUGAAGUGACCACUGGCGUAUUUGCUUUUAUAGGCAAGAGUGUAGCUAUAAGACAUGUACAGACCAUGUAUGAAGAGGCUUACAAUGAUUACCUUAAAGACCAAGGAAAGGGAAAUGGGACUCUCGUUACUUUCCACUCAGCAUUUCAGUGCUGUGGAAAAGAAAGUUCUGAGCAGGUCCAACCCACAUGCCCAAAGGAUCUUCUAGUCCGAAAGAAUUGCAUUGAUGAAAUUGAAACCAUAAUCAGUGUUAAGCUUCAGCUCAUCGGAAUUGUCGGUAUUGGAGUUGCAGGUCUCACGAUCUUUGGCAUGAUAUUCAGCAUGGUCCUUUGCUGUGCAAUACGAAACUCACGAGAUGUGAUAUGAAACUACUUCAUCGUGAAAAUAGUGUAAAAUUUUCAUACUAAAUGUCACAAGAGCUCUCUCAGCUCAUUUUUAAUAUUCAGAGGACAUUAGGAUUUGAAAUAAUUUGCUGUCAGUUGUACAUUUGCACAUGUAUGUGUGUCUGGGCCAUGGCUGGUCUGCCCUGAGUGAAUGCUUGUGUUGACGGAGGAUGUGUUCACAUGUGAUCAUGUUUCUGGUAAUGCAUUACACCCAAUGAAAUCUGCUUGCUGGGACUUCCUAGUUCUUGUUAUGUAAGAGGAACAAUAUAUUAGAAAAAGAUAAAAAAAAAACUGUGGGGAAACUUUAAAAAUCUGGCUAUUCAUAAGAUGUAAUAAUGGACCAGUUUCUUAGACUUCAGCCAUGAAAAUUAGAUAUGUACAGGGAAUUGAAGGAUCUCUAGCUAAUGCAAGCAAUAAACUACAGGAAUUAAGAAGUCCCAGUGCAGUGUUAAAAACAGGAUU